GGAAGAUGUUGGGGUCCAACAGUGGCUCCAACAGGGCAUCGUUAUUUGCUGUUCAAAGACCGAACCCUGCAAGAGGAUGAGUCUACAUCUUACCCAAAGCGCCAAAGUGAUCAAAGUGAUAAAAACAGCCCCAACUGCCAAACGGGCCUCAUGUCUUUCCGUAUUGCCUUUCUCUGUUCUUUACAUUUUCCUCCACCGGUUGGCCCAUUCAAUGGACAGCUGGAUGCUAUCGACUUGCAAGAUGAGUCCGCACCGAGAAUGGAUACCGCCAUCGCUGAGGCCGCUGGCGCUCGGUCCUGUGGCCGUCUUUGCCUUUGGGAUGAUCGCGGCCCUGGAAGUCUUGCACUACAUCUCCGUCACACGCGUUCUGUCCGCGCAAAAUCAAACCACCUUGAAUCUUGUCCGAUACCUGCCAACAUUGGGCGUCCUCCUCAUGGGCUAUACGUUCAAAGGGAUCGCCUCCGCCUUGAAAAAGAUCACCCCCUGGGCGAAUAUGAGCGGUAAUUGGGCUACAGGCAGCAAUUCAGUCCUGCUUGACUACGUGAAUGAUCUCGAGAUCGUGGCCGUCUUUACCGCGCUAAAGAAGAAGCACUGGGCAGUUGCAGUGGGGCUCAUUGGUGCUUUUCUCUGCGGUGCAUUGGUCCCUGUGGCAAACUCUCUGACCUACGUCGACCUGUUCUCUCCCAGGAAUGAAACGGCAGCAUUCACGCAGGUAUCCGCUUUCAGCUUUGACCCCGAUCCCCUAGCCAUGGCCAAUGGGUCAUUGAAGAUACCCUGGGACUCCACCGGAGCAAAGCCAUAUGCCCGUGCCAUCUCACAGCAGCUUGGAUAUGGUCCAAGGGCAGUCUGGGCCACCGCCAACUAUGCCUUCGACCAGUUUACAUUUCCAAAGGUGCACAACGCCACUGUGGUGGCCGAGGUGGACGCGAUAUCCGCGACCAUGGAUUGCAAACGGCUCGGCUUCACCGUUAGACAGGAUUUGGAGAUGCAGUUUAUCGCCAACAAGGAUGACCUUGAGGCCGUGGGAUGCACGCGUCCGUAUACAGCACGCAUGAGAAUACCCGAUGCCUCAAAAUCGAUCCAGUAUCCCUUGGCGUGGCUGAAUAUCACGCAGUGUUCCGAAACGGACGACCGAGAUGCUGUGCGAAUCGUGGCCAAUUACUUCACGCGGAUUAAACAGGGGGACAAUUUUACCGAUUCGUCCAUUGCCGGCUUUAUCUGCGCGCCUCAAUUCACCACUCAGCGAGUACGUUUAUCGGUCAAUGCCACAACCUCGGAUAUCAUUGCAUUUUCAGCCGUAUCCGAGCCAAAGCCUCUGGCCUUGAAGACGAGCACAGAAGCCCUCUGGAUCUACUUGCAGAAUCCGUUAGACUCGGACACCCAGAACCUUUUUGGAAAAUCGCAAGUAGCUGGAGGGCCGUACAACCCGACCACGCGACCUCUCGCCAAUGUUGGCAACAUAACAGCAGCAGCGAAUGAACUUGCAUAUAAUAGCGAUGCAACGGCCGAUCCUUUUAUGCAGGUUGUGCUGGCUGGCCAGCCUGAGGGUGUUUCACUCGACCCCGAUAUUUUUGAAGCCAAUAUGGUCAGUUACGCCGGGAACGUAUGGGCGUCGGUAAUCAGCUUCCUCGCGCGAAUCGAGGUUUCGAACGACCUGCCAGGCACGAUAACAAUCACAGAACAGAGAAUCAGAUUGCGGACACCUGUUCUGAGGACAUUCGAAGCCUUAUCAGCGCUUUUGGGCGUCCUAGCCUUUGUUUUUGCUCUUGGACUACGGCCAAAGACUCUGCUUAGAGGAGAUCCAGGCCCCUUGGCUGCUGCAGGUAUUAUACUAUCCGCCACUGACACAAACACCGAGAGAGAGAUGGCGAACCAAGCACUAUCCUCAGGGCAGACGAUGAUUGCUAGUUUUCACAAUGCGCGGUUUACACUUCGGCAGCGCAAGGCCGACGAGGGAUAUGGAGUCGCAAUGGACCGCGAACACGUGGAACUGGUGGACAUGACGCACCAGAAUCCGGACGACAAAGCAUAUCAGACCGUACUCAGGAACGGGAAGCCGCUUCCGCCAGCGCCGGCAGAGGAUAUCUCGCAAGGCUGGAGCCCAAUCCCAUUACGUGUCGUAUCCAAAGUGGCUCUUCAAGUGGCAGUUGUUGUGAUGACGGUUGCGCUGGGAGUCAUGCUGUGGGCAUCAAACAAAUCCGAUGGACUUUGUAAAAAUACUCAAAUAUCCCUGACGGCUUUGACACUUGGUAUUUCGACUGUUCUUGUGCUGCUAGGCUACUGUUUUGCAGGCGUGGACUCAUCGGCGCAGUCACUGGCCGUGUUUAACAUCCUGCAGAAAACACCCAACAGACACACCAUCUUCACAGACGAUCUAACCUUACUCGGCCGACUCUCUGGGCUGGGGUCCGGACGGAUUAAUCUCGCCUUGCUCGCUUCGGCGGCCUAUAUCCUCAUCAUUCCAGUUAUGAAGCUCGUCGCCGCCGGUCUUUUCUCGUCAAUUGAUACACAGGUGGUAGAUCGUGUGGCCAUUGAGGUAGACACCAGCCUGACCUCCAACCUGGUAAAGACGUUUAAUUAUUCGCAUCCUGAGCCGCUUGUCAAGAGGGCCUGCGACUUUGCGGAGUGGGAACGUCUUGGGAGCAUCGACCUCCGUUCCAGGGCAGGAAUCGUUGACAACCUCGUGUUGACAGACGUGAUGGGUAUUGAGGGCGAGAGGAAUACCACAUCAGACGGAAUUAUCGAGGCCCGUGUGAGCGCCAUUGCCGUUGACGUCGCGUGCGACCCUCUGCCCAGUACACAUUUCAACCUGUCGCUGGCGAUUCAACCGGAUGGCCGAAAUAUUACCUUUAGUUGGUACUGUGCAACAGAGCACUGCCGCCAAGUAUUCGACACCGAGCUUUUGCAUGUGCUUUCGACGGCUCAAUAUUCUCAAAUACCAUCCUAUGUGGGACGGGUCAUUUCCAAUAGCGUUUAUCAGAAAGCCUUCACCUUCGGUGAGAAUAUUCUGCGCCACGACAAUGGAUCCAGGUCCCCCGUACAGCUGCGUGACCCUGGAUAUUGGAUGUGGCUGGUUGAUUAUACAUCGCUUGGAGGGUCGAGGAAUGCCUUCACGAACACGACCUCCAUUGGAGAGAACGGCACCGAAGCAUGGGCCACCCCCGGCUCACUCAAUGUCCCAUUGCCAACUAUGAUAGGCGCCAGUUGUAGGCGGAACCUCAGCGUCGUUACUGUCAACGGUACCUUCACCAGGUCGACACAGGCUACCGCCGACCAGGAAAUAACCCUGCUUCCCUGGCGGCCCGUGUCCGUUGACCUCGUGUCUGUUGCGUAUGAACAGGCAUAUCCGGAGAUCCAGCCGUAUUUCUUCCAACCGCCCAUUGUCCAGACUAGUCAAUACCGAACCAGCAAUGAGGAGGACGGCAUGUUGUGGAGUAACACACUCUGGCCGACGCGCGGAAGUAGCCAGAACUUCUUCGAGCUCCUUGCAGUGGACGCUCAAUACAGAGUUCAGAAUCUGUCUAGCCUGCUUAGUCCCACGGGCCUCGCAGACUCAGCCAAGCGCAUGUACACCGCGUAUUGCACUCAAAUGUUCACAGAGCUCCGCACCAUCGCUUCCGACGCAUCCGUUUCCCCAGCAGCAAGCCAGCAAGAGGCCUCCUCGGCCAUUCUGACUUACCGAGAGCCCCGAGUGCACCAAGACGCCGCGAUAACGUACGUUCUUGUGGCCCUCCUCCUCGUCCUGGCCGGCUUUGCCCUUUUGGUGUUCUAUCACUUCCCCAGCAAAGCGAUCCUGCCCAAGGCCCCAGGGUCCAUUGCGACUCGCUUCUCCCUUCUAGCCAACAGUACGUUUGUUAGCCAAAUAAGGCAAGAGCGAGUGAAGGACCUGAAGCAGCUCAGGAAGUUACGGGACUCCGCUGCCCUGGGUUGGUGGCAUACCUCAUCGCCCACGUCUGCCUGGAGGUGGGGAGUCGACAUUGGACAAGAUGCCACGUUACGGAGCUGGAUAGACCCUCCCCCUCCUCCUGAACCGCCCACAUACACGGCUUCAAAGAGUGGAUGGAUAUGAAGUACUUGGGGCAGAUGGCAACAAGGCAUGAAACUUGCAAGAGUCGCAGGUUCAAUUGCUCAUUUCAAAUAUAUAAAUCGUACAUGAUACCCGCAUCAAAAUAGAUCGCUUUUAUUGACUUUCCUCACUUCCGUUUGCCUGAAUGCGUAUUACUAGAGUAACCGUCUUCCGAGA